AUGGACAAUCCAUUUGGGCCGACACCUUGCCUCAUCACGAAGGAGAGAGGUCCAUCCGAUGCUAUCCGUUGUUGUCAACUACUCCACGGCACAGAUGCUCAGAUUGAAAAAUGGCGUAAAAUAUGGGGUCCGGACUUCGUCAUUCGCAGCCUACAAAAUCAAGUCGUCUUACGAGCAGACUGGGAGAAUAUGCUUCGCGCACAUCGAUGGGCGCUUGUCCCUCACGAAGAAGUUCUUACAGACAUGCUGAGGGUCCUCUUCGAGCAUAAGGAACGAGGAGUGAGGCCCUUAUUGAACAAACUCGAGAUCUCACAUGGUCGCGCCAGCCCCCCUACGGCUCUCCGUUUGCUACCGUUCGGCUACGAGUAUCAAUUUGUUCCCUUGGCCCUGGAAGGCAGUCGAAUUCAUCGGGAGAUUCCAGUAGGACCUCGCGACUUUGGUAAUCCUCAUGGGCAGCAAAUGGCGAUCCAGACUUUUAAUCCGCCUUAUGACGACUUCCCCGAUGUGUUCUGGCACGUCCAUCCGUUCUUUGCGAUCCAGUCCGCUUGGGAGCACUUCAGCGCGAGGGCCACGGAGCUCAACUCUCAACAACGGACCAUAUACGCCCAUCUUUUCACGAUCGUCAAGCUUUUGGAAGAGAUGGUCGAUCUGCCUGUGGAGGCGGAGACGAAUGAUACUGACGAAGACGAGACUGAGGAAGACGAUGCUGAGGAAGAUGAGAUUAAGGCAGAAGAAAUGUCGGCACGGAAGAGGCCCAGAAUGGGUGAGUACAACCUGACCUCUUUCAUGAGGAGGCUCUAA